AUGCCAAACAUCGAUGUGAUGACCACAGAAAUGGAAAUUCAAGCGUCGUAUGAUGACACAGCUGCAGUACAAACAGAGUUUGAGACCCUGACGGGACCCUAUGUGGAGAGGCCAGUUAUUAAUGCGGGCCAGCAGGACACAGUGGUAAUAACCAGAAAAACGGUCAAGCCUAGAAGCCGUUCGCAUUGGUCCAGUAUUAAAAAAAAUUGUAGGCGUGUGUUGUGCAGCGUGUUUAAUCGUCUCUUGGUCAAAUGUUAA